CUUCCAGGUGAAAGGUUUUCUUUUCCCUCCUUACCAAGUUCUGACCGGCGUUUGGACUGAUAUCCGGGCGUUCGGUCGGGGGCUAGGGCUUUCGAAGGGUUUCACGGUUCUCGCGGGAGGGCAAAGACGGAGGAAAAGGGUGGCAGGGAUGAGCAGAAGCUUGGGUAUUCCGGUGAAGCUGCUACACGAGGCGUCCGGCCAUGUGGUAACGGUAGAGCUGAAGAGCGGCGAGCUCUACAGAGGGUCCAUGAUCGAGUGCGAGGACAAUUGGAACUGUCAGCUCGAGAACAUCACCUACACUGCCAAGGAUGGAAAGGUGUCGCAGUUGGAGCAUGUUUUCAUUCGUGGUAGCAAAGUCAGGUUUAUGGUGAUCCCUGAUAUGCUGAAGAAUGCCCCGAUGUUCAAACGUCUGGAUGCAAGAAUUAGGGGAAAGGGCUCUUCAUUGGGAGUUGGCCGUGGCCGUGCUGUUGCAAUGCGUGCAAGAGCUCAGGCGGCAGGGCGCGCAGCCCCUGCUCUUGGAAGGGGUGUGGCACCACCAGUGAGGAGGUAGCUGCACAUGAGCUCGUUUUCUUAGAAUUUGCUUUUAGAUCGCUAUGCUUUCCGUCCUCCUGGCUUGUUAGGUCCAUUUUGGCCCAUCCAUGAUCUGAAAAGGGAACACUAAUGUAUGUUCUGAUAUCAUUGCUGUACUGGAACUGAUUGUCUUCCUCUUGUGAAAAUUCUCCCUUCUCAUGAUUACAGUAUUGUGGAAAUCA